GGAAGAGGAGAUCGCCGAAGUUGCUAGGAGUUCUUGCAGUUGCGUGAGCCACAAAUAGGCAAUUUAGCCUGCGAGGGUCGCAGCUACUGAACUUAGGGCAACUCCGCUGCGGCCGCGGAACAAAAGGGUGGAGAUGGCUGCGGCUUGGUGGCUCGCACAGCCGCUUGCCAGGCUUGUGUUCGCUGCAGUGUUGGCCCUACAAGGGGCAGGUGCCUUUGAAAUUUCUCUUCAACCAGGUGGAAGCAUAACAGUUAAAAUAAAACCUGGGUUUUCUUUUGUAAAUACCUGUGCAUUGCGUGAAGGAAAAAAUACUCAUUUUUCUGAGCAAAUCAUAAAGCCUGGACAGAAGUUUCAAUUUACCUUUGAUUGUUCAACACCAGAGAAAUAUUGGUUCAUAGUUGUGGAGAAAAACAUUGAUUGCCUGUCAGGUCCAUGUCCUUUUGGAGAUGUUCAGCUUCAGCCUCCUGGAUUGCCACAUCUUAAUAGGACUUUCAUUUGGGAGGCUAAAGCUAACAGAAGAGUUGGACUUGAACUGAAAUUCUCUCCAUGGUUAAGGCAAAUUCUGCCUGGAGAUACCUGCCCUGAUCAAAUUAUUUACAACAUUGGCAGUCGUCUGGGAAAAGAUAGAGUCCGCAUUGGAACCUUCUGCAGAAAUGGUUCAGUGUCACGGGUAAAGGCACAAGGUGACGCUAUUUUGAGUCUACAACUUCCUUGGGAUUCAAAACUCGCAGCCUCUGGAGUUAAGCUUGAAAGCAGAUCAUCCAUACAACGACUAUGCAUUAUAGAAUCUACAUUUAAAGGCAAAUCAUCAGCAAUUUUGAUGUCUGCGAAUUAUCCAUUGGGGUUACCCGAAGAUGAACUCAUGACAUGGCAAUUUGUUCUUCCAUCCAGCUUAAGAGCAGAUAUCAACUUCAUCAAUUAUACAAAACCAAACUGUGAACGGAAAUAUGAACGGGUGGAAUACUCAUUACCUGAUUAUUUUCCUGAUACUAGAGUGUUACGCCUGGAUGAUGUGCAACCUGUCAAUAUUCCUGGUAGUUUCAACCUUUCCCUGUAUGGAUGUGACCAAGAUGAUAUUAAGCCAGGACUCCUCAGUCUCUUAUUUAAAGUGGUAGUAGAUUACCCUAAAAAUGAAGAGAAUGUAACCUACCAAAUUGAUCUAACACAUGAGAAGACUAAUCUUACAGUUUAUUCAAAAUCAUCAAUGAAUGAAUGCUUGAUCUGUGUUCACUCUAGCAGAAACUGCAAACCAAAUGUGACUUUAGAAUAUGGUCGCACAUAUUUUGUUACCUUCCUGUGCCAAAAUUUAGAGAAUAUAAGGAUAAUUGCUGAGCAAAGUAUAGUUUGCUGGAAUGCCAGAACAUGUGAAAACCUAUUCUUCCAGCUGGCUGUACCUUCUGUUCUUCUCCAGAUGCCAAUUUUAAUUGAAACAUUUACAUGGAAAAUUCAAGCUCUUGAAGCAGUAAAUAUAGAAAUCAGGUCCUCCACUUUGAAACUCAAGCAACAUAUCCCAAAUCGGGAUCAAAGGUGCAGUGGAAGUUAUAGUUAUGUUAUUAAUGGCUCCAGUCCAGGAAGACCAUGGAGUCUUGGUCAUUUUUGUCCUGUUGGAGACAUUGAAAAAAUCCAGAUUAAAGAUAAUGUCACCAUAACCCUUAAGACAUAUGGUAAGAGAUGGUUCAAUGAGUCUAAUGCUCAGAAAGGAGAUCUGAAACUGGUUUUUAAACCAGUUAUACAAGAAGAUUGCAUUUUCACCCUUAGUCCAGAUCCAAAAGCCAAAGUUUAUGUACAGACUCCUAACUGGCUGGAAGGCCUUCUUCCUUUAAUGUCAGUGUACUGGAAUAUCAGUGUCCCACCAAAGCAAGUUGCACAGCUGACAUUUUUAAAGGAAAGGAUGGGCAUAACAUGUGAAAAGAGUAGAGCUUUUAUCUACAUUAAAGAACAGAGUCCAAAAGCAGUAGAAACCGUGUUCCGUGAUGAUAAUGUACUCCCAAAGACUCUGAAUAUGAGACAACAUUUUUGGAUUAAUAUCAGUAAUUGUAAGCCAUCUGCCAAGCAACAACUGAGUUUGCAAUUUUUGGUGACAUUUCAAAAACAUUCAGAUGUGACUGUCAUAAUUGGUGUGGUGGCUGGCGGGAUGGCAGUGCUAGCCAUUAUUGGGCUCCUCAUCUGCUGUGUUAAGAAAAAGAGAAAAAACAAAAGAAAGGAAAGCCAAAACCCAGUGGUGGGAGUUUAUAAUACCAAUGUCAACACCUUGUUACCUGGAAGGCAGGGCAUUUUUAAAAAGGAGAGGAAGAAGAAUGAUUCUCAUGUCUAUGCAGUCAUUGAGGAUGUUAUGGUUUAUGGGCACCUGCUUGAUAAUUCCACAAGACCAGAAAUGGCUGAGGUAGGGGUGUACAGGCCCUUUUCUGGACCAGUAAGUACUACACCACCUUCCCCACCUCCAAUCAGAAAAAUAUCUAAGAGCUCGGACCUGCAGGAACCAUCAGACAUGCUUGUAACUGAUAGUGAGAACUAUACCUUUGCACAUCAUGUGCCAGAGGAUAUCCAUAAUUGUGACCUGAAUGUGAGUGGUAAUGGGCACAUGGGCAGCAGAAACAAUGAACAGGGAAAUUCUGUUGACUAGACUUGAUAUCUUGAUGAUCUAUGACUUCUCUGAUUGAAAGAAAAAACUAACGCUUGCAACUCACUUAUGGGUUGUGUUUGAAACCUAUUUAUGUGGUUUCUUUUAUUAAAAUAUAGACUGCAGAUCUGUUCAUAUUUUUGGAAAGAGAUUUCUGAGGAUGUAAUGCAAUACUAUGUUGUAUAGAAUGCAACAACUUUUAAGUUUGCAGAUUUUUUUAGUCUUAUAUAACUAAACUUUUAUAAAAAAAAAGUCAGCAAAUCAACUGCUGAAUGUUAAACAAAACUAAGAAAUGAUGUUAGCAAAAGAACUCUUAAUCCAAAAAUUGCGCUGGUAAUGAGCACUAAAUGCAAGAAUUGUGCUUUUUGUAAAUGAAAUUUUUACUUAUUCUCCUUUCAGUACAUUAGUACAUUCAGUACAGUACAUAUGUAUUUUUUAAAAAUAUUACUUUUUUAAUUUUAGCUGUUUGGAAAUAAUUUAAUCUAUUUUAACAAAUCAUCCUCAGUUACAUAUUUCAAAGGGUGGGCAACACUAAGUUUGUAAUGAAAAUAAAAGGACCAUUCUACAAUUAAUGGAAUUAAUUGUUCCAUUGUUAUGAAGUAAUGGGUUGCCCUCCUACUUAACUAUAAAAGUAUCAUGGUACAUAGGAAACAAGCCUUCUGAGAUAUUUGGGCCUGAGCUCUAUGGUUUCUUUGCCAUUUUACGCUAAGGACUAAGAUUUCUUGGAAACAGACAUAAGUCCGUUAUGCAGAUAAGUACACAUCACCAAAAGUCUGUCUGUGCAUCCAUUUGUCUACUUUUGAGAAAGGGAGGUGUGGAAAUUUCUUCGUAGAAAUAGACAGUUUUGAACAUAUCAUCAAACCUUAGCAUAGGCAUACUAUAUAGAGUGGCCUAUUGUGAAUUAACAUUUAAUAGUUUGGGUUAAAUACUUGAUUUGGAUAAUCCUGACUCCAACCGACUCAGAGUAGCAUACAGUAGAAUCAACAGAAUAAAAAUAAAAUAUAAUAAUCAUAAAAAUAAUUUAAAAAGUAAACAAGAAUCAAUGGUAAAUUUGGCGAACCACACCCAUAUAUAAUGGACAGGAGCCCCAACCACCCUAACCCAAGACCUGAGAAAACAGAAUGCAAAAAGGAACAGAAAAGAUAUAGUUCAGGAGGGUUCAUGUUUUAUUUUUUUUUUAAGUUUACUAUCUUUAUGUAAUUUAUCUUGAAAAAUACUCUUGCCAUACACAGGAUUCUAUUCAAUACAUUUCAAUAGAUGAGAAGAUGUGGGAAGGCAUUUUCACUUCAGCUUGAAAUUAGCAUUUUGAAGUUCUAUGUAAGCAGCUAACCGCUGCAAAUUUUUUUGCGCUGUUCUAACCUUAUUGGCUCUUGCACAAAGUAUUUUCCUGGUGAAGAAUAGCUAUGAGACGGUUGUUUUUAGAAGAGAGAAUUAAUAGUCAAAAUGAAUUCCUAGAAUCCAGGAGGAGGUAUUGUCACACCUUGUAUGUGCAAUGGAGCUUCUGAGAGCACCCCUUCCUCCCCCUUUGCUGUACAAACAGAUUGUUCCUGGGCUUGGAGGACUUUCUGGAAUGGCCUGUGCAUUGUAAUGAGCUGACAAAAAGGACCGGGCAUGCUAAGAUUGUCAUGAAAUUGAUCGGUCUGUAUGAAAAACUAAACCAUUUUGUACAUCUGUAAUUAUUUCUAUUAUCCUAUUUCAGGGAUUGCAAAUAUUUGAAAGGUUGCAGGCUGCAACACAAGGCCUCCUGAUUUUUCCAAAGGCUGCAGGAGGCCUUCUGAUGAUGCUACAGCAUCACAAGAAAAGUCAAGUUUGAUUUUAGCCAAGCUUUAAUGUUCUGUUUAAUCAUUUUAUUUCACUGGAUCCUUGAUGCUCUCUCAGCUUGUUUGCUUGAGACAUUUCAUUACCCAACCAGGUAAUAUUAUCUGUACUACUGAGUGUGGGGAUUGCUCCCUGUUUAUAUACCAUUUUUAUUUCAUUUUAACUGUGUGGUUAGAUAUAAACUGAACAAUUUGUUUGUUGUCAUAAAGGAUUAUAUAUGAUAUUGGUCCUUAUAUCCUCAGGCAAACAAGAUUGAGUUUGUUUACAUUCUUAUAUGUGCAUAUUGUGAAUUUUGUCAAGGAAGUUUGGGAUUAUUUAAUGAAAAAGAAAGUAUAUUAAAGCACUGUCAAUUGUCCUUCUAAAGUUACAAAAAUAUUUCCUGUUAAGGAUAAUUAUUUCUGAAAUCAAUAUUCUUGUCAACAGUAAGACAGAUUUAUUAAUUUUGUCACUAAUAGUAGAGGGGCUAUUAUUAUAGAUCCAAAAUUUCAGUUAACUGAAUUUUAGUAUGAACUCUUGGGUCAAGUAAACAUUAUAAAACUAUCUUUCUCUCCUACCUCAUUUUUUUACUUUUCUGUCACAAUUUCUAUUCUUUAAUUAAUUAUAGUUUGUUCUUGAUAUAUUUCUUUCUUAUAUUUAAAACCUUACUAAGUUGCUUUCUUAAUUUAGACAGAAUAUUUGUAAAUAUUUGUCACAAUUUUAAUAUAAAUGGAAGUUCUGGUGUUAGUGUUUUCAUAGCCUUGUAACAUGGUGGUUCUUGUAUGUUCUGACACAAUUGUUUUAUUUAAUUUCCAUUAAUGCAUACAAUUGAAAUGUUUGUGUAUAUGCAUAUUGUAUAUACUUUGUGCAUUCUUCAAAA